AUGUAAGGAUAUGUGUUCUUUGGCCUGGAUAACUCUAUUGAAACACAAUUUUAUAUCACUAUUCUCGAACUCACUAUUCAGAUACGAAUCCGGACUUUAAAGGCGACGUGUUGAUUUAUGUAUUAGACUGUCCUUAACGCCACACGGAAGGUAAACAAUCUGCCUUGACGCACUGAUAUAACACGGUUCGAUUUCAGAAAUGGCAUGCGCUCUGCAAACCGAUGGACAACUUGAGAACGAUCCAAAGAACGAUCUGGUGUGCAAGCCACAUGGAAUAAAGGCAGUGUUUGCCUGCAUGCAAUGUAAGGAUACAUUGUGCUGUGAGGACUGUGUAGUAACCACACACCAAUGUCAUCCAUUCAAGAAAUUAUCUGUGUUAAUGGCCGAAAAGCGAGCGAGCAUUGAAAACUACAUUACACUGUUGGAGCAGACGAAACUACCAUUAUUGAAAGAGCAAAUGAAAGCCACUGAAAAUCAGUUGGCGAGAAACGAAAUAGACGCUAAGGAAGCUAGGAAAGCAGUACUGGAGAGAUCUACAAAAUUGAAGUCAGAACUGGAUAAAGUCAUAAAUAAGAGUGUUCGUAAAUGCGAAGAAAUGGCGUUUGAGAACGAAUCCAAGUUAACCGUAUAUAAAGAGCACAUGGAGAACAUCCUGACCGAAUACAGGCAGAAGCUUAGCCAGGUGCAGCAUGUAAUCGACGAGGGCACCGUAGAGGAAAUAAUACACACGACCAAGAACUUGCCCCAGCCUCCCGUAUACCCGCAGUACCCCGACCUACACCUUCCAACGUUCACGGCCGGCGACCCCAGUCAUCUUAGGGAAGCUUUUGGUACGAUUGUAAUAAGCACUUCAGAAGAAACAACCGACGAAAGUAAUAAUACACCGACAGUUGUUCGUGAAAUUGAGGAAUUGGACUGAGGCAGCAAUUGACAGUGCAAGCUAGAAAUGGUUUACGUUUUGCAGAUUGUUGUGAAAUAUGAAUAUUUAUAUUUUUUAUAAACAAACAUUCCAAGGUAUAAACAUUUUAUCUAUAAAAGAAUUUUAUAUAUAAGCUUAAAUGUUUUAUUGCAUAAUGCUGUCAUCUUACCCUGUGGUUGGCAGUGCCUGUACGCAGACCGUUUUAUUUCCAAGUUGUUUCCCUGUAAUAGGGAGUACAACCUGGUUGGUCCCAGGUGGAAGA